AUAAAAGGAGAUGCCAUUCCUCCUCUCAGGACUCAUUCACUGCCUAUCGCAUGCUCUGCUGCUUAAUACUCUAAAAGUCGUUUUUAUUGAUUUCAUUGUAGUUGGAGUGCUUGUAAGAUAGAAUAUCCUUUUUUGCAGUAUCAAAGAAAAAGAAAAAGAAAAAGAAGAGAGAAAAGGGAAAUAAUUAAUAUGGGUGCUCUUGAUCAUUUUUCUCAUCUCUUUGACUGCUCCCACGGCAGUUCUAAACACAAGAAACGCAAGCAAUUGCAGACGGUGGAGAUUAAGGUUAGAAUAGACUGCGAAGGAUGCGAACGCAAAGUGAAACGAGCAGUGGAAGGAAUGAAAGGAGUAAAACAAGUAGACGUAGACAGGAAAUCAAAUAAGCUGACAGUCGUCGGAUAUGUGGACCCAUCGAAGGUGGUGGCCCGCGUAGCUCAUCGAACGGGUAAGAGGGCAGAAUUAUGGCCAUACGUGCCAUAUGAUGUGGUGGCCCACCCUUACGCUCCUGGGGUAUAUGACAAGAAAGCACCAUCUGGGUACGUGCGAAGAGCAGAAGACCCACAAGUGUCUCAGCUCGCACGUGCUAGCUCCACUGAAGUUCGAUACACCACUGCUUUUAGUGAUGAGAAUCCACAAGCUUGUUCUAUCAUGUGAUCCAUUAGGAUAGAUGAUAUAUUGCUGUUAUUGUUAUUAUCAUAAUUAAGUGUUGCCAAUUAGGUUUUAGGGCUUAUAGUUUUGGGUUUAAUUUUCUCCUUUUUUUUGUGGGUUUGUAUGAUUGGGUUUUUGUGAAAUUAUCUAGUUUGAUUUAUGA